ACCCAGAAGGCGAAGCCGCAGCAGUAUCCGCGGAAAGGGGAAAAAAAGAGUCGGUGCUUGUAAAUCAGGUGCCUCGCGCGUGGGCAGUGGGAAGCACUCCCCGUGAGUUAGACUGAGAGGAGGUUUCCUGGCUGAAUGGGAAUUUGAACUUGAAUCUCCUAAGUCCACCCCCACCGCCACCCUGAGCUUCAGCACACCAGUUAUGAGCAGGUCAUUUGAAUUUUCCUCCUACAAGUAGUAGUUCUUCCUGACUUGAUUACUCUGCUUUGAGGCUUUCAUUGGCUAGAUAUGGGUUGCCGUGAUGUUCAUGCUGCAACGGUCCUGGCAUUCCUUUCUGGAACAGCUGCCUUAUCGGGACUUAUUGCUGCUGCACUCCUUCCUAACUGGAGACAAAUGCGACUGUACACCUUUAACAAAAACGAAAAGAAUGUGACGGUUUACACUGGGCUCUGGAUUAAGUGUGUUCGUUUUGAUGGAAGCAAAGACUGUGUGAUCUAUGACACUGAGUGGUAUACAGCUGUCGAUCAAUUGGAUUUGCGUGUCCUCCAGUUUACUCUUCCCAUAAGCAUGUUGACUACAGUCUUGGCUCUGUUUCUUUGUUUGAUUGGCAUGUGUAACACAGCCUUCAUCUCAUCUGUGCCAAACAUUAAGCAAGCCAGAUGUAUCAUAAACAGUGCAGGUUGCCAUCUUGUGGCCGGCCUCUUCUUUUUCCUUGCAUGUGUCAUUUGCUUGGCGCCAUCUAUCUGGGUCAUCUUUCAUAAUCAAGAAAUGAACAAAAAAUAUGAGCCUGUUUUCUCCUUUGACAUUUCUGUAUUCAUUGCUAUUGCUAGUGCAGGAGGCUUGCUGUUCACAGCCAUUCUCUUAUUUCUGUGGUACUGCACGUGCAAAACAUUGCCUUCCCCUUUCUGGCAGCCUCUGUAUUCACAUGCGCCUAGUGUACACAGCUAUGCUUCCCAGCCAUAUGCGGCACGAUCACGCCAUUCUGCCAUUGAAAUUGAUAUCCCUGUGGUUACACAUGCUACUUAAAAAAAAAAGUUGGAAAAGCCCGAUACUUUUUUGCUGUUUUAAAACAAGGCACUAUAGAUCAGGUGACUCCUCCCCCACUAUCUUGGAGGCUUCUAAAAAUAACGUGUAAGUGGCAUGCGAAGAGGAUCGACACUUUAAUUUGUAGUUUUUACUGCUGCCUUUGGGGGGGUUUACUUCAGGGAGGAAUGAAUAGAUGAGCAAGCCAAAAUAUUAACAGUCCUGCUCAUAAGUUACUUGCAAGUCUUGUAAGUUUAAUCAAAACUGAUUAUAUUUAUAAGUUCAUAGGUAACUUAAAGAUACGGAUUCUUUUCUUCUUUGUAUUUCUAGCUGAUUUCUUCCUUGCGUUUUACUACUGAAAAACAUGGCUGCUGAUGUUUGUAAAUCAAAUGUGAAAUUUUCAGUAUUUCUGGUUAGCCCAACUUUCACUCUAAGCGAAGCUUGUAGAAUGGGACUUUCCUGCCUCCCUUUGCAGCGUACUGAGCCCUCCUUCCAGUUUUGCUUGUGGGAGUUAGGGACCCUCACAAAUAGCAUGGGAUAUGAAGUAUGAGUCUGCAGUGGGAGAAGAGAAUCUGCAAAACAACUCCCCCCCCCGCCCCCUCAGCUAACAGGAAUGUUGUUACACUAGGGAACGAUACCUUUGGACCCAUCCCAGGGAUUUUAAUAAUACGCUUCAAUGAUAGCCAUUUUGUGUUUGAGAGUGAUAAACUUUGUGCCUAUGUUGCCUCUUAUAUACAGGGAACUGUCAUCAAGCAUCUUUGUGUUACCAACAAACUCUUGCUUUUCCCCAUUCUCUCAGUCUUCAAAGCAGUACAACUUUUCUCUUAUUCCAAUUCUUGCUUUCCAUUAUAUAAAGAUUACUUGUGAAUGUUAAUAGAAUUAUACUGUCAAAUGGACCCUCCUCUUGGUAUCUCCUCUUGGAGAUUCAGAAAAAUCAUACUUAAAUUUAAUUUUUGGUUUCAUAGCAAUAACGUUGUCUGCAUUUCAUAAGAGUUUUAUUUAUAAAACAUUUCCUUUAAACUAUAUUUUUCUCCAGGGGUUAUUCAAACUUAGUAAACGACCAAAAAUCCUUUUACAGUUUUAGACAUUUAUACAAAUUUAUAUAAAACACAAAGAAUCCAAAUAGCCUCAGGUUCUAUAAAGCUGUUGUAUUGUUUAUAAACUGCUUAUUAAAGUCACCUAAAUUUUAGACUGUUUGUGAAUAAGAAUUAUUUUUAAGGGAUAUUAAACAGACUCUUGAUAGCCUUUUCAGAAUCAAUUCUAACAACAUAGUAACCUUUUAGAAUAUCUUUUCUAUAAAUAUAAUUGAAGAGACUAUUAUCAUAUGUAGUGUUUGAUUUGGAAAUCUGUUUUAACACAGUAUUCAACACACUACCCAGCUUGCAUACAAGUUAGACUUUUUAGGUCUGUAAUCGCACCUUCUCUUAGUCAUUAGCAGGGCUUUUUUCUGCGAAAAGAGGUGGUAGAACUCAGUGGUGGAACUCAGGACCACACAAUGAUGUCACUUUGGGUCAGCUGAAACAAGGGGGGAGUUUUUUAAAGUUUAAAUCACCCUUGGCGAAAAUAGUCACAUGACCGGUGGCCCUGCCCCGAUUCCAGACAGAGGGGAGUUUAGAUUGCCCUCCGCGCCACUGUGUGGAGGGCAAUCUAAACUCCCCUCUGUCUGGAGAUCAGGGGGCAGGGCCACCGGCCAGGUGACUAUUUUCAAGAGGUGCCGGAACUCCAUUCCACCGCGUUCCUGCUGAAAAAAAGCCCUGGUCAUUAGACAUAAAUUGCCAAGCUAAUGGAGUUUGGUGCCUUUUGUAUGAGGAAAAAAACCAUUCUUGUACGAGAACUUGAAAUGUUUCCUUUAGUAAUCAGCUGUGUGCAACAUGCAGUCUGAUUUCUUGUUAUGGAGAAUGGCUUUCACAGAAGAUUCUCCACAUGCUGUGGAACUUUCAGGCAUCUCCACCAAAGCAAGACUUGGCCUUCUGCAUUCAUUGGAAUAAUGUAUUCUUAAGUAGGGAAGCAAGUGCUUAAAGAACUCCUCAGAAGCACUUCAUAGGGAAAAUGUAUUACAUGUAUAAACUUGAAUAAACAUCAUUCUUGACUGCCUUGUCAUCAAGUUCUUCUGUUCCAGAGGAGUAAGAAACAGAAGCUAUGGAAAGAGAGAUGAAAAACCUUUGCUAAACUGAAUUUCUGUGAAGGGUUCCAUGUUGGUGUUAAACCCUUAUUUUAAAUUUGGGUACAUCCGUCGGAGCCCCUGAGGAAUUUUGUUUUCAGUCAAUGCUUCUCUGAUGGUUUGAGUACUUUAAAGCCUAUGGGAAUUAUAAUUUUGUACUUGCACUGUCAAACUCAAUGUGGGUGCAUUCAGCUUGCUUUAAAUGAUCAUUUGAAAGUUUGACUACCUUUCUGACAAAAGGUUUAAUACUGAUGGUGCUAGAAUGUGGAAUAAUUUUUAGUUCUUUCCUGCUUCAGUUCAUGGGAUGUGAACUCAGCCAGUCACUAGCUCAGCUGAUAGUUUUGUGGACCAAUUGAAUCCUGUUAUCAUAGGCUUUUCCUUUGCCAUGGAAAAUUUUCAAGUAUAGUUUGUGGCUCUGCUCACUGCUUUUUACUUUUGAGGUAUCCCUGACUAACAAUGUGACUUAUUCUUGGUGGUGGACAGUGCCCUCACUCAAGUCAUAGCUCACUUACGGUGACCCCUGGUGAGGUUUUCUUGGCAAGAGAUUAAUAGAGGUGGUGUGCCAUUGCCUGCCUCUGCAACUCUGGUCUUCAUUGGAGGUCUCCCAUCCAAUUAGUAACCAAGGCUGACCUUGCUUAGUUUCUGAGAUCUGACUAGAUCAGGCUCUCCUGGGCUAUCCAGGUCAGGGCUAAAUUAUUCCUACAGACAAGUAAUGUCUCUUAAGUAAAGGGGCUUCUCAAAUUAAACCUAAUUUCCCUUAUGUUUUUCUCAACAUAUUUGGUAUGGAUGAUAUAAAUAUUUUCAGUGCAUCAGAGAUCAAGGUAAUGCAGUGCAGUAGGCAUUUUGGGUGGGAGACCAACCAUAUGUAGAUGAAGGAGCUGGCUGGAUUGUGGCCAAGGUAUUGAAACAUCUAAACAUGAAUGAUGGAAAGUGCUUUAAAAAGAUGGGUGUUCUUCCCAUUGACUGGGCCCUGCUUCCACAUCUAUUUGUUUUCUGUAUUAAAACCUCUUGUUAUAGAAUGUUUGCAUUUUUUAAAAGGUAACUUUAUUUUUCAUUGUUAUGUUUGGGAUAAUACUUUGUUUUGUACUGAUUACUGAUACAGGCCAAAUGUAUUUGUUGCUCAUUGUUUUGUAAUUAAAGGUAUAUCCUAACAAUAUAUCUUUAAAAUUUUUGUUCCUGCUUCUAGAUGCAAAAGUUGCUGGGUUUGAAUCUGAGUUUGAUUGGAAAGUUUCUUGAAUUUUUCCUUGUUUAGCUUGUACAAAUGUAGCACAGAGCUAUAUAUGUGAAUUUCAUCAUUUGUCUCAAACUUAUCUAUGCUUGCUUUUGUAUGGGGGAAAAUACUAGCUCAGAUUUGCGUGAUGUAGAAUUCCAAUUUUUGCUUUUAGUAAUACUUAGUUAAGGUAAAUGUUUUUAUGUAAAAGGAAGUAUGUAUUUUAAU